UCUUGAAUUAUGAGGGAGUUAAAGUUUAUUUUUACAUUUUGACGUCGAAAUGGCCCUGAGCAUUAAGAGGUCACCAUGUGCAACUGAUGACUUUGCUUGAUACACAUGAAGUUUACAGAGCAUCUUGGUGCUCAUAUAACGCCGGAAUGGCGAAGCCAAUACAUAAGAUAUGAGCAACUUAAGGAUGUACUUUAUGGUGGACUGGAAAAGCUGCCACAGAAGGAUGAAAAUCCUGAUUCAGUUGUACAGGGCCAUUUUUCAUCAUUUGAAGAGCAGUGGUUUAGGUACUGUGAUGAAGAACUAGAAAAAAUUAAUACAUUCUUUGCAGAGAAGAUUGCUGAAGCUGGUCGUAAGUACACAGCUCUCAAAAAUGAACUUCAUAUGGCUGGCUCUCUUAAAGUAGGACCUAGCCUCAGCACCUUGGCAACAUCAAAAAAAGUGACACUUGCACCUGAACCCAGCAAAAAGGUCAAGGUCAAAAGAAAGAAGAAGGUCAAUCAUCUCAAGUUUGCCUUUGGGGAAUUUUAUCUUAGCUUAGUUCUUCUACAAAAUUAUCAGCAACUUAAUUUUACUGGAUUUAGGAAAAUUCUCAAGAAACAUGAUAAGCUAUUUGAAACUACUAAUGGUGCUGAGUACAGGAAAGAAAAAGUGGAGGUGGCUGAUUUCUUUGUUAAUAAACAUGUAGAUGAGCUUAUUCUAAACACUGAGGAAUUAUAUAUAUCUGAACUUGAGGAUGGAAACCGCUCUAAAGCCAUGAACAGAUUGAGAGUUCCUCCUUUGGCAGAGGAACUUAGGCAUGGAAACUGGGUUUCAUUUCGAGUGGGAUUCUUAGCUGGUCUCUUCCUGAUGCUUAUUUCCGUUGCUACAGUUACGGCUUUCUUUACAGAUCACAGUGGAGAGUUUGACAUUGCCAUACGUAUUUACCGCGGAGUUUUCCUAUUUGUGUUAGUCACUUUUCUUUUGGCCGUGAAUACCUGGGGCUGGCGCCAAGCUGGUGUUAAUCACGUGCUCAUAUUUGAACUUGACCCACGUGACCACCUCAGUUACCAACAUCUGUUAGAGGUUGCGCUGUUGCUGGGUGUCCUGUGGGCCAUCAGUCUUGUGGUGUUCAUGUUUAGUCACAAGAUAGGAAUAGAAUCCUUCUCUCCCAAUUUGGUUCUAGUGUCGUUCCUAUUCUUGUUCACGAUCAAUCCGUUCAAAAUCUGCUAUUACAAAGCACGCUUCUGGCUUCUUAGAGUUCUGUUUCGCAUUUUUACUGCUCCUUUUCAACACGUGGGAUUCGCCGAUUUCUGGCUGGCAGAUCAACUUAACAGUUUAGCUGUGGCACUUCUUGAUUUCCAGUUCAUUAUUUGUUUCUACGCUCAUGACUGGCACGUGACUAACUCGGAAGAUAUGAUUUGUGAUGGUACAUUAUAUGGUAUCCGUCCUCUCGUUGCCUGCCUACCUGCCUGGUUCCGUUUUGCUCAGUGCUUGAGGCGGUACAGGGACACCAAACACGCCUUUCCACAUCUUGUUAACGCUGGCAAGUACUCCACAUCAUUCUUCGUGGUGGCGUUUUCUACGCUUGCCAAAUCAGACUCUGUUCGGUCUGAUCAUUUUUUCAUGCUCUGGAUCAUUGCUGCUAUUAUCAGCACGUGUUACACCCUGACCUGGGACAUCAAGAUGGACUGGGGCCUACUAGAUAAAAAGUCCGGCGAAAAUAUAUUUCUUAGAGAGGAAACGGUUUAUAGAUCCAAGGCAUUUUACUACUUCGCUAUGGUGGAGGACUUGAUUUUCCGGUUGUUAUGGACGCUAACAGUCUCUGUAGGAGAACUAGAAAUAUUUCAUUCUGAGAUUCUGAAGCUUAUUUUAUCAGUGUGCGAAGUAUUUAGGCGUUUUAUUUGGAAUUUCUUCCGUCUCGAGAACGAGCACUUGAACAACUGCGGUCAGUUUCGCGCGGUGCGUGACAUUUCUGUUGUUCCCAUGGAAACUGAUGACCAGGCGUUCCUAGAACAAAUGAUGGACGACAUGGAUGGACUGGUUCCAACCAAAAGAACUGGUCAGCGGAGAAGGAAAUCUUCCGUAAUGACGAAGUCAAUUAAGAAAAUAUCCUCAAAGACUGAUGGGGUUGUUAUAAAAAGAGACACUGAAGUAAUUAUUGAGAAUGAAACAGUGACGAGCCUUUGAUCAUUGUUGAGAGUAGAGAAGGGGCACUUCAUGUUAUCUCAAAGGAGGGGAUAUUUAAAAAUUGAAAAUUAUUGAAAUUAUUUUCUUAGUGAUAUAUUUUUCGUUGCCUGGAGACAAGGCUAAUUCUAAUCAAUAGUGCUUUGUGGUGGUUUUUGGAAGAGAGUUAAAUCAAGCUAAUCAUAGCAAUACUACAAGUCAGGUCAAGCGCCUGGAAAGAUACAAGAAUAAACUAAAAAGGAAACAAGGGUAGUUAAGUACGAGGAAAAUUAACCCCUUCACUCCCAAGAUCUCAUAAGUAAUUCUCCUUAAUAUCUGCCGUGCAAUUUUUAUGAUGUAAGUAUGGAAAAUUUGGUAUUGGAGCAAUAAUCCCCAGAUCAAUUUUUUCAUUCUUAUCACCUUUCUGCUUGAUAUUAUGUCGAUAAUGUAAAGAGAGAUUGUCUUGGUCGCUCGUGGGAGUUCAAGGGUUAACGAUCGUUAUACAUGAUGAACAAGAAUUAUUUAAGCAAAAUUUUUCAUGAUGAUGUAUAAACCGUGAAGCAGCUUCCAUUACUACAUGUUUUAUGAAUGUUCCCAAUUCUGUCGAGUCCAAUAAGCAACAUGUAUGGAUUUCUAAUUUAUUAUUAUCAAAUUAUCUUUUUCUACGCCAGUAAUUAUAAAUGCAUGGAGCAGGCUCAUUAAAUUAUGCAUAAAGAUAAAGGGAUAAUCGUGAAAAACUUACGCACCAAGGGAGACUAGUAAAAAGUUGGCUGUAUGAGAGAUUUAUUUUAAUCGUGGUGAUAAAAUCCAUUAUUUGUCGUACGUUAUACUGAAAAAUUUCACAAUCGCUUUUAAUACAAAUGUUAUGUACAUCAUUGCCGUUCAGCAAUGGAUCAAGUUAUCAUUACAUUCUUAAAUGAGAUUUAGGAACAAAUUCGACACAUUUGUGAAUCAAAAAGGGCUGGAGAUUGAGAGCGGUUUAUUUUUAAUCGGAGAAAAUUAAAAAUCAAAAAAAUUAAU